UGUUGAUACAAUUACCUAUCUUAUAUUGUCACGUACAGUUACUGCUAGUAAAGGAUACGGUUUCGCGAUCUUGUAUGGUUCCAAGCUUUGGUACUAUUCAACAACGAAUCUCCACUCCUUCUCAACUGUUUUGGUUUGUCGAAUGGAAACAACAAAGUGGAGCCGUUUUUGCUUGAAGUCCGACCGUUUGAUUGUGGUAACCCCCUGCAUUUUGACGGACGUCGAAUGGGCCUGCCUGGGUCAUCCCAGGUCAGGCUGGACGUAUGGCAAAGGGCAGAACUCCGAAGACUACAUGUCUACCUUGUCCACUCAAAGGCUGCAUUUUACUCACAGCCAAACGUCAUUACCGUUAAGGGAGAUCGUCAAAAACAGGGUGGCGGCAGCGGCGGCUGCAGCAGCAGCAGUAGGCCAGACCAAACACAUCAGGCCAGCACAAAAGUGGAUUCGUCUGCCAGUCUCCUUGACGGCUAUCUGCGUGAGGCGGACGCAGUUCGGGCCGAACUCGCCGCCUGGGCAGAAGUCGAGGGCAGAGGUCCGUCAAGAAUUAGCAAUACUUCACCAGGCGCCGCGGACUCAAACGGUAAUUCACAACAACAACAAUCUGAUCAACAUAGAGCAUUUGCACCGUUUGUGGAGACGGAUCAACCGUUGUCCUCGAUCAUAGAAUCGGAACAAGUUCUCGAAGCUUGCCUUGCCAUUGCAGAAAAAUACUUCAACCUGGGCUUCACAGCAGGGGUACGUUUCUGUCACGAAGCGAUGCAGAAGGAUUCGGAUGAAAAUGACCCUCUAAGUGAAUCGAGCAAUUCGGAGAUCGUGUCAGAUUUAUGGGAAGAGGAACAUUUUGACGAAGUAAGCAGUAGCACAUGUGGCAGUACUAGCGGACAUGCAUCAGACGAUGCUGAGGCUAUGGUCAGAACAGAAGAGAUUGAGACGCGAUCGUCAGGAGAGCGUCUCAAAUGCGAAACGUGGCCUCGAUUACAUGGUACUGCUGCAUGCGGUGGGGACAGUGCAAAUAAUAUUGAUGACGAGAAUCGCGUACUGCCGAAAACGACGGUUUGGCGUGGGGACAGCUCUCCUGCCUUGUUAAGAACCGAACAUAAACGGAGAAGUUUAUAACAUUGGUGCUCGAAGGAGGCUCUCGCAGAAGUAUAUACCUACGGACAUUUGUGUGCAUACUUUUUUUGAAUUCGGGAUGGAUUUCGGGGAUUAUUUGUGUUGAAAAUGUGGCCCACACAAAUAUAUAAUUGAUAGA